AUGGUUUAUGGCGAUGCUAUGCCGCCAUUGGACUUGACAGAUAGCUGUAUGGUAUCUGAGGAUACGCUGAUGGAAGAGCGUAACGCUCUCGAUGACAGGGGCUGGAACACGAAGGGUGAGAUUUCCAGCAACAGUUACAUACGGGCUCGCUACUUGAUGGCGUAUGUCUUUGACGAGGUGAUAGAAGUGGCACUUGGCAACGAUACCCAUGCCACGCUUGAAUAUCUUCAGUAG